AUGGGUUCCCUAUCCAAUUCCAGUCUGUUGCAAGCCGCACUCGGAGAAGCUCACACCACCUAUACCAACAAGAAUGCCCAGUCACGGAAGCAGCAUGAAAAAGCAACUCAGUAUCUCCCUGGAGGCAACACGCGCACUGUCUUGCACUCAUCCCCGUUCCCAAUCACCGUCACGUCGGGUUCUGGACCGACCCUGACCACACUGGAUGGCCACAAAUACGUCGACUUUCUCGGUGAGUAUACCGCCGGGAUAUACGGCCACAACCACCCUGUCAUCAAAGCCGCCCUACAAGAGGCAAUAGAGAAGGGAUGGAACUAUGGAGCCCACAAUGAGCUUGAGCCCGAGCUGGCACGUCUCAUCGUGGAGCGAUUCCCAGCCUUGGAUCUCGUCCGGUUCGUGAACUCUGGCACCGAAGCAAACAUGAUGGCGCUGGCCACCGCUCUGGCCUACACGGGCAAGAAGAAGAUCCUUCUGUUCGAGAAGGGAUAUCACGGCUCCACCAUCUCCGGCCGCACUCCCUCGACAAAGAAAACCAUCAAUUUGCCCCAUGAUUUCGUCGUUGCCACCUACAAUGAUCUUGAGGGCACACGCGCCCUGGUUGAGUCACUGCCCAAGGAUUCUCUGGCCGCAAUUCUGAUCGAGCCCAUGCUUGGGUCCGGCGGCUGCUAUCCGGCCACCAACGACUUUCUGGCGGAACUUCGUAGGUUGUCGACCGAGAACAAGGCACUGUUGAUCUUUGACGAAGUCAUGACCUCCCGGCUUACAUACCGCGGGCUUGGUCCUACCACGGGCGUGACGCCGGACCUCAUGACGCUGGGUAAGUGGGUGGGUGGUGGCAUGUCGUUCGGGCUUUUUGGUGGCAGAAAAGAAGUCAUGAAGCUCUACGACCCCCGCGACGGGACCCUCGAGCACCCAGGAACCUUCAAUAAUAACAUUUUCACCAUGACCGCCGGUGUCGCUGGCUGUAAUCUCUUAACCGAGGAGAAAGUCAGCGCUUUGAAUUCCCUGGGCGACACGCUGAGGUCCCAAAUCGAUGAUGUCCUCGUCUCGAGAGAAAUCAACAGGACUGGAGAUCAUGUUCUCCCACUGCCGACUCGGCCAGUUGCAGAUGACAUGCAUUCCGUCUCAAAUCCACAGCACCCACCAAAAAUGUUCAUCCGAGGUGUUGGCUCCUUGAACGCCAUUCACUUCGCUGGGCCGGACAGGGAGGUUCUGCAGGGUCUCUUCUAUCACCAUAUGCUCGAGAACGGCUUCUGGACCGCCCAGCGUGGUUUCAUCGCCUUGAACAUUGAAAUUACCCCUGAGCACGUCGGCGCGUUUGUAAAGGCCGUGGAUGAUUUUGUUGUCAGGUAUGACUCCAGUCUGAGAUGGUGA